CUCAUCUUUUUCUAAUUAAUUUAAUUUAUUUAUUUAUUUUGAAUAAGAUUUCUUGAUUAAUAUUAUUUAUGAAGGGUGAAGAAAUGGUGAUCCCACAUUUAUUCAGGUGCCCCAUAAGCCUUGACUUGUUCAAAGAUCCAGUCACUCUCUCCACCGGCCAAACCUACGACAGAAUCUUCAUCGAAAAAUGGCUGUCCGAAGGAAACGCCACGUGCCCCGUCACAAUGCAGAAGCUCGACGACUCCUCGAUCGUGCCGAACCACACGCUCCGUCAUUUAAUCCACGAGUGGAUCAUUGAUAAUUCCGAAGGACAAUUCGAAGCCGCCGACGACGAAGAAAACGACGUCUCCAUCGGCGAAUUCAAGCGGAUUCUCGAGUCGAACGAAUCCACAUUGGAUGACAAGAUUCUUGUACUAGAUAAGGUUCACUCCUUGUCCGAAAAGCUCCCGUUGGAAAAUUCUCGGUUGAUCGAAUUCGACUUUUUCGGACUACUUUCGGAGCUUGUUUUCGAAAUCGGUACGAAAAGUUUGAAGUUUGUUGAAAAAGCGCUUUUUUGCGCUUUAAAGUUGAUGCCCUUUAGUGAAAUGGAGUCACUCAACAAAAUAUUGGAACAAGAAACUAAGUAUGUAGUGUUUUUAUUGUUGUUUGAACAAGGAAAUAUUUCGAUCAAGAAAAGCUUGUGCCUUGUAGUGGAAGCAAUCUCGUCGUGCGUCGACACUAAAAACCUCGGCGAAAAGCUCGGAAAAUCGGACAAACUUUUGCGGGGAAUUGUCGAUGUAGUCCAAAACAAAUCCGAAGCUAACGAAGCUGGGGUCAGAGCUUUGUCGUCACUUUCUCGUAUCGAAAAAAACCGGGAAAAUCUUGAUAAACAAGGUGCGGUUAAAGGGCUAAUAGCGUACUUAUCGAACGUCGAAAUAAUUGAGAAAGGAAGUUUAGCUCCGAUGGCGGUUUCGACUAUUGAGAAUCUUUUAUUAUCCGUUGGGAGCGCGAAAAUCGCGAUUUUGGAUAAUUGUUGUGGUGUGAAAGCAAUAGUUAAGAUGGUGUUUAGAGUGUCGAACCACGAAGGGAGCGAAAGUGCGGUGAAUUGUUUGGUGAUUGUUUGUUCGGAUUCGAAGAUUGCGAGGGAGACGGCUAUCGUUGAGGGUGUGCUGACUCAGCUUUUGCUUUUGCUUCAGAGCCAGUGUAGUGCAAGGAUCAAAACUAAGGCGAGAAUGCUGCUGAAAUUGUUGAGAACAAUGUGGAUUAAUGAGGAUUUGAAUAAUGGGUUUGGGGUUAUUUAAUUUCUCAUGGUUGUUUAUUUGUGAGGUUUCUUGAUUAUAAAAUGUGGAUUUUGAUAUUAUAUAUGUAUAGAGGGUUGUUGAUGGAUCUUGUAUAAGUAGUCGAUUUAUUACGUGCGAAAGAAUUUGAUAAGGUAAUCGACGAAGAUUUUUCGAUUUUUAA